GUUGGAAGAGAUCAUAUGAGAAUUUCGUGGAUGACGGCCGAGAGACACGCCCCUUCAAUCGUCGAAUACGGUAAAACGCCGGGAAAAUAUGAAGCAUUGGCCACCGGCGAACACACGUCCUAUCAUUACUUGUUUUACAUCUCUGGAAAGAUCCAUCACGUUACCAUUGGACCCCUGGAUCCCAACACAUACUACUACUACCGCUGUGGUGGAACCGGCCAGGAGUUCUCGUUCAAGACACCCCCAUCGACGUUCCCCAUUGAAUUUGCAGUUGCAGGAGAUUUGGGACAAACUGAAUGGACGGCAUCGACCCUGAAGCACAUUAACAAUAGCAACUACGACGUCCUUCUGCUCCCAGGAGAUCUUUCUUAUGCAGACGGCCAACAGACUCUAGACACCUUCGGAUGCCUUGUGGAGCCAUAUGCGAGCAGUCGUCCAUGGAUGAUCACAGAGGGCAACCAUGAGAUCGAAGUUGUCCCUAUUGUCCAGCCCCUGGCCUUCACCGCCUACAAUGCAAGGUGGAGGAUGCCCUUCGAGGAGAGCGGAUCCCGGUCCAAUCUAUACUACUCGUUCAGUGUAGCCGGGGUCCAUGUCGUCAUGCUGGGGUCCUACACUGACUUCGAUGCUGGCUCGGCCCAGUACAAGUGGCUCCACGCUGACCUGGCCAAGGUCGACCGGGCCAGGACCCCAUGGAUUGUGGCCCUCCUUCACGCACCGUGGUACAACACCGAUUCUGCCCAUCAAGGGGAAGGAGAGAGCAUGAGGAAAGCCAUGGAGGGUUUGCUGUAUCAGGCCCGAGUUGACAUUGUUUUUGCUGGCCACGUUCAUGCCUACGAACGCUUUGUAAGGGUUUUUUCAGAUAAGGGGGACCAAUGUGGUCCAGUGCACAUGACAGUAGGUGAUGGAGGAAAUAGAGAAGGGUUUGCUUUAACGUUUGAGAAGCCCAGCCCUCCAAUAUCUCAGUUCCAAGAGGCGAGCUUUGGGCAUGGGCGGCUGAGGGUGGUUAACGAGACGCAUGCCCAUUGGUCAUGGCACCGCAACGAUGACCCUGACUCGACCAUCCGCGACGAGGUUUGGUUGGAAAGCCUUGCUGCAUCUCGUGCCUGUGGGGUUUCACUACAAGCUCAUGCACCGUCUACCUCGGAUGAGCUUUAAGCUAAUCGCUGCCGAAUAUAUAGAUGCUUUGAUCAGUGUUCAKUCGCCCAAUAUUUCAUUGUUGAUACUUCUUAGGGGAUAUUCCUGUAAUUCCAGGCCUCAGACCUCAU